AUGAACUGUGCGGGGAAGAUUCCACUUUAUUACGAGCGUUUAGGGGUUCACCCUUCUAUUAGCGCGGCGGAUCUUUCUCGAUGCUACAAGAAGCUCUCGCUGGAGCUGCAUCCGGAUCGCGUUACCUACCGGUCAAAUACGCCAGUUGAGGCGGACAGACAACGCUACCAACAGAUUACUGAGGCCUACAACGUUCUUUCGGACCCGUCGAGUCGAGCUGCCUACGAUACUCGCCAUGGCGUGAACUUCCACGCGCGCCUCUCCGCCCUACGGGAGACGAUCACUUCGCACAAUACCGGCGCGACGCGCCCCCUCGCCGACCGGGGCGCGCGGCGGCGGGACAGAUCCUCCGACUCCCCCUUCCGCCAUCCCUCCCUGAGGGACGAGGACUACGACCCAGAAGACUCCACCACCGAGAACAAUGCCCCAGAAGACUAUUCCACAGAGGACUACGCCCCAGAGGAUUACACCCUAGAGGACUACGCCCCGGCCGACCCCACACGGCCUCCGCGGGCCUUCGCGCUUGAGCGCGUGGGCCUGGCGCAGCCCCAGGGGCGCUACUCUAGCGCUACAGUCCGCCACGCCAAGGGAAAUCUAAAAAGCAAUCUUAGGGGCAAUGACAAUAGUGUCUGUAACAGAAAUGACAAUGACAAUAGUAAAGGCGGCUGGGGCCUGCUGCUGUGCGGCGACAUCCUUCUGAGCUGCCCGUCCCACGCGGCGGUCCCCUUCCCUGCCAGGGUCGUGCAGGUGGACGGGCGGGCAUGGCGCCGCGCGGAGGGAGGGCCGCUGCCAUCGUGUGACGGGGUGGAUGAGCUCCAGCUUACUCUCCUCUACGAUGUCGAAGUGUGGCGGCUUGUGGGAGAUUUCGCGCUGCUGCGCGAUCCUGCUGUCCUGGACGGGCUGGUGCCGCCAGGCCAGAUUGUCUCGGCGUUGCCGAGCCUCGGCAUGAACGCCUCUGUGCUGACCGUCAACGGGACGCCUGUGAGCGAUGCCAACGAGCUGCGCCAUCUUUUGGGUUCCAUCGCAGCGGAGGGCUCAUUGUGCAAGCCGUCCAAGGAGCCCUUGCCGUGGCCGUUAACUGUUACUCUUGAGUGCGUAACUCUAGAAGGGCCCACGGAGGGUGAAUGA